CGCGUGGGUCUUACUUUACAUACAAAGAAAUCUAGUAAAAUCAGUGAUCGAAUGAAAAUCUAAUUGAAAGUGAAACGAAAUAAAAAAUGGAAAAGAAAAUCUUCUGUGCAAUUUUGGGUAGGUGUAAAUGUGUAAAAUUUAUCAGCUUAAAGACUAUUUCUGACAAAGAAAUAGUAAAAAAUAAACUGUUAGAGCUUUGUGUACGAGACUCGUCAUUAAAAGCAUCGCUCGAGAACAAAGAAAUCAUUUUGCAAAAAAAAGAUGUUGAUGCUGGAAUUCAUGUUGAUAUUGAAGACGCCGAAGAAAUUAAUAAUCUAGAUAAUAUCAACGUUUUAUUAGUGCCAAUUUACCAAGAAUUUAUUAUCCCAUCGACAUCUCAAAGUUGUGCAGCUGAAGAAUUGGCGGGAAAUAGUGAGGUUAAAGUUGUGUAUACCGAACCUUUUAUGGCGUCCGUUGAUGUACAACAUAAAUUUUAUCCUGAUCAUGCGGAAACUGAUAAAGAAAACGAUAUUGAGGGUAUUGUUAGAAAACAAUUGAGUGCGUGGAUUCGUAACCACCGGGCCUAUUUAAAAACACAAGCCGCCAAAAGAGAUAAAGAUGGAAAGAUACUUUCAAGAGCAUCCGUAGAGGUGAAAGAAAUAAAUCAAAUAGACGACGCUGAUAUCCAAAGAGCACUGAGAGAACUACAAAAAAAUCAUAGCGAAAGAAACUUACCACACGUGAAAAAGUUAUUAAAAAUAACUUUGCCUCAAAGACACCAAUGGAUUCAAAAUGAAGCUAAAUCAAUCGAAAAUAUAGUUGAACUAUAUCCUCAACUGAAGGUUUAUAAUCUAAUUCUUUUUGAAUUUUGUGCAAUGAAAAAUUUGAGUCUUGACGAUUUAAAUACAAACGCUAAUUUUAUGUUUCAAAAACUAUUAGAAUGUUAUCGAAUUGGCGAAAUUACAGAUGAAUCUAAAUACCAGGUUUUGUCAAAAUUAUAUGGAGAAUUAUCAAGAAAAGUAAACAAAAAUGCAAUACCGUUAUUUAAAUUGAACCAAGUUAAUUCUUCUAUUGAAGACAUUGAAGCUGGUCCAGGCGAAUCUCCUAGGUGUGUGAUUUAUAUGGAUGAAGGAAGAAUUGCAGUGGCAUACGUUGUAGCAGACAAUAAGACGCAGGUGAAGAUGAAAUCACCGACAAUGGAAAACAUCGUUGUUUGUUUAAUGUCGACUUAUUAUGUUUGGCAUGUAAAAUAUCCUUCUCCAUACAAAAAUAUAUUACAAUAUAUUGAUAACGCUUUGUUAGGCACAUCCGUUCAAGCUAAUCAGGUAAUUUCAAGAUUCAUUAGAAAAAGAGAUGCUAUUGUUCAGGAAACACAAAAAGACUCUGCAGAAAACGAACACUCUUAAUAAAUUUUCUCAAAUGUUAACUUCCUUUGAAUAUUCACUUUCCGCUGAUACUUCUCAUAAAUUGAU